AUUUUCUGGUUCCGGUGUCCCGGUUUUGGCUUGUCCAGCUCGGUGUCUCUAGAUGGCGGAGGUGCGCGCGGGUCCCGCCGCUUCCGGUCCCUCUCCGGGUUCCGGUUCCGGUUCGGUGUCCCCGUCCUUAUCACCCCCGCCUCCACCAGGACCGGGGCCUGGGUCCACGCCCCCGCUCCCGCCGCCCCCUCCCCCUCCCGGCACCGGGCCCGCUCCACCAAGGGAAGGAUCCAAUAGCUCCUCGGGGUCCGCCUCCGGUUCGGCCAGGGAGGGCUGGCUCUUCAAAUGGACCAAUUACAUCAAGGGCUACCAGAGGCGCUGGUUCGUGCUGAGCAAUGGGCUGCUCUCCUAUUACCGAUCCAAGGCAGAGAUGCGCCACACUUGCCGUGGCACUAUAAAUCUCGCCACAGCCAACAUCUCUGUAGAAGAUUCAUGUAACUUUGUGAUUUCCAAUGGUGGGGCCCAAACAUAUCACUUGAAGGCCAGCUCUGAAGUGGAACGCCAGAGAUGGAUCACUGCCCUGGAGCUUGCUAAGGCCCGUGCAGUCAAGAUGCAGGCAGAGUCCGAUGAGUCAGGAGAUGAGGACUCUGCUCAGACAGACAAGGCUGAGGUACACAGCACACUCCGUGCUCUCUCGGGUAAAGUGGAAGAUUUGGGUACGUGCAAUGACCUAAUUGCGAAGCAUGGAACAGCCCUACAACGAUCACUGAGUGAACUGGAAAGCCUGCGCUUACCCCAGGACAGCUCUGACAAAAUCAAACAAGUCAACGAGCGAGCCACACUCUUCAGGAUCACCUCCAAUGCCAUGAUAAAUGCCUGUCGAGACUUUAUGUCUCUUGCGGAGAGUCACAGUAAACGCUGGCAGAGAGCUUUGCAGUAUGAAAGAGACCAGAGGCUUCGUUUGGAAGAGACGCUUGAACAACUGGCAAAGCAGCACAACCACCUGGAGCGGGCAUUCCGUGGAGCCACUGUGCUGCCAGCAGAGACCCAUACUGGGGCCUCCAAAGACCCCUGCGGGGCGGGGAAAGGGGACCUCAGUGAUGAGGACGACGAGAAUGAAUUUUUUGAUGCCCCAGAAAUUAUCAGUAGUUCUUCACAAGAUGGUCUUGGGCACAGGCGUUCUGGAAGUAACAUAAGCACAGCGAGCUAUGAUAUAAUGGAGGAACACCAGGUGCGUCCCCCUUCUGAAGAUCUGAGAAGAGAAAGACGUACUCGAAUCCCACACAAACCCAACUACAGCCUUAAUCUGUGGAGUGUCAUGAAGAAUUGUAUUGGGAAAGAACUCAGCAAGAUUCCCAUGCCUGUUAACUUUAACGAGCCGCUCUCCAUGCUCCAGCGUCUGACAGAGGAUCUGGAGUACCACACCCUGCUGGAUCGGGGGGCUCAGAGCGAGAGUGCUCUCGAACAGCUUUGUCUUGUAGCAGCUUUCACCGUUUCUUCGUACUCCACCACUGUCUUCCGCACCAGCAAACCCUUCAACCCCUUGCUCGGAGAGACCUUUGAACUGGAUCGAAUGGAAGACAGUGGGUAUCGCUCUCUCUGUGAGCAGGUCAGUCAUCACCCUCCUGCAGCUGCACACCAUGCUGACUCUCGUCAUGGCUGGACCUUGCGACAGGAGAUAAAAAUUACUAGCAAAUUUAGGGGAAAAUAUCUCUCCAUCAUGCCAUUGGGUACCAUUCACUGUAUAUUUCACAACUCUGGGAAUCAUUAUACAUGGAAGAAAGUGACCACAACUGUUCACAACAUAAUUGUUGGCAAACUGUGGAUUGACCAGUCCGGAGAGAUAGAGAUUGUCAAUCACAAGACGGGCGAUAAGUGUAAACUCAAGUUUGCACCAUAUAGCUAUUUUUCCCGAGAUGUGGCUCGAAAGGUGACUGGGGAGGUGAUGGAUGCAGCUGGCAGAGUACAUUAUACCCUGAUGGGGACUUGGGACGAGCGCAUGGAGUGUGCACCAGCAUCACUUACUGGAAGUGGAUCUGAGAAUGGAGGCGAUAAAGCUCCAGAGAGCAGGACAUUGCUGUGGAGGAGGAACCCUCUUCCUAAAAAUGCAGAAUACAUGUAUUACUUCUCCGAGCUGGCACUUACUUUAAAUGCCCUUGAAGAUGGCACUGCCCCAACAGACAGUCGUCUACGGCCAGACCAACGACUUAUGGAGAACGGUAACUGGGAUGAGGCCAAUGCUGAAAAACAGAGACUUGAAGAGAAACAAAGAAGCACAAGACGCAGAAGAGAGGCAGAAAGAGAGAGGGCUGGAGAAGAAGGGUCUCCAGUAGAUACAUAUAAGCCCAUGUGGUUUGACCGAAAGAUGGAUCCUGUGAGCAAAGAGAUGACACACAUUUGCAAUGGCACAUACUGGGAAACCAAGGAACGUCAGGAAUGGGGGAAUUGCCCAGACAUCUUCUGAAGAACUCUGGCAACAUCUUGCUCUCUUCCCAGAUUCUCUCUUGCUCCAUCCUUUACUGAUCCCCGUCCUCUACCUGCAGCGAUGCCUUACUGACCCUAGUCCUGACUCCUCUGGACAGAGCAAUGCUCUGCAGGUCCCUGGCUAAUGAGGGGAUAAUGGAGUGUGACACUCUGUAGGUCUUGCAGGGUUUAUAUGUCACUAUAAACAUUAACAGUGGUUUUUCACCAUUGCUUCACAUGAGGAACAUAUCUCACUGUAUGCACAUACUCAUCACUUGGGGAUGUAUACCAUUAAGCAUCCAAAGGACCAUAAAAUGACACCUACUCCUAAAUGGCAAUUUGCCUUGCAAUAUAUUCCCCCAGUGUCAAAAAUAUGUUCCCAAAAUUACCUUAUCAAAAAGGACAUCAUGAAUAGAGGUAUUUCUUAGGAGUCUAACUUUUUUAUUUUUUUUUUCAAUUUUUCCCAGACCUGCAGAGCAUAGUGCGUCCCCUUAGCCCUCUGAACCAUCUCACAGCCCCCACUCUGAGCACUAGGGUGGGUGGGGGUGUUGUCUGCCUUAUGUUUGAGUUAAUUUCUUUGUGAUUUUUGUGUUGUGUGAAUACAUUUUGUGAAAGAGAGGGUGUUAACAUUUUUGAAGACCUUUGGUAUGAUUUCUUUACUUUUUGUUUUUUUCUUCCCCCUUUUUUAUUUUUUUUGUGGUGCACAAUUGAGGAUUUGCUGUCAAGACAAUUAUAGAUAAUCCUAAAUUGAGUGUGUAUGUAUGUCUGUGUAUGUAUGUGUGUGAAUAUUAUAUAUACAUAUAUGUGUGUGUGUAUAUACAAUAUACACACACGCAAACCUAUAUAUACACACAUAAUGUAUGUGUGUAUAAAUUUUCAUUUCUCCUAUCGCUCUACCUCUCAAUGCGUGUCUCUCCCCUUCUCUAAAUCUCUGUGCAAAUACUAAAUUAAAUAAAAAUCAUAUGACACAUUAAA